GUGGCAGCCCAUGAUUCCCAGGUUUAGAGCGAGAACCAGUUUCACCUCAGGUAUUCUGAAUUAACUGAGUUUUCAUUUAGUACUAUUUAAUUUCACUUUUAAUACAAAAAAUCUCAGGUGACAUCAAUAGGUUUAGCUUUGUAGCUUCCUGUGAACUCUUGUUGCUAUGGCAUCUCACAGCUUCCAGUACCGGGCGCUUUUUGAAUAUGAGCGUGAGCAUGGGGAUGAUAUCAGUCUCCAGCCAGGCGACCUGCUCACUGUUCUGAAGGCCACACUGAUGGCAGCAGUGGGGCUGGAGUACCAGGAGGGGGAUGAGCGGAGUCCCAAAGGUUGGUUGCAUGGGAUUAAUGAGAGGACCAAGGAGAAGGGAAACUUUCCAGGGACAUUUGUAGAGUAUGUUGGGGUGGUCACAGUUGGCCCUGCUGUGGAUAAAUCCUGGUCCCGACUUGUACCCCCAACUCCAGGGGGGCAACAGACAAUGGUGGGACCUCAGCCUCCUGGAGGAACUGCUGCUUUUGGUGUGGAGGCAGAACUUCUUUCUGAAGCAGCACCUGUGAUUGUUUGGAGACUCAUCGAGACCAUCGAGAAACAUGGUCUUAAUGAUUCUCUGUACCAAGCCCCACCAGCAUCCAGUGGACCUGUAGAGCUCCGCCAGUCUCUAGAAUCAGAUCUGCUCUCUGUGAAUUUGAACCGAUAUGAUGUGGUUGCUCUGACUGAUGCUCUAAAAGGUUUCCUGCAGGACCUGCCUGCCCCCAUCAUACCUGCCACCAUCUACAGUGAGCUGGUCUAUACUGCUCAAGAGAGUCAGAGUGUGGAGGAGUGUGGGGAUAGGCUGAAAAGGAUCCUUGAGUCUCCCGGCAUCCCUCAAGUCAACCACCAGCUCCUGGUCCACCUCACUGGACACCUGAAUCGAAUCAGCCAGCAGAGUCAAGCCUCCCCCCGACUGCUAGGACAGGCCUUCACUGACAUUAUCUUCAAGCACCUUUCUCUUAGUGCAGAUGUAAAUCCAGAGCAUCACAUCAGGAUUUUGGAGGCGCUCAUCACAACUGCAGGUCGAAUGGAGAUGCAAGCAGCACCAGCCCUUCCUCCAAAGCCAACCAAGCCUCAGCAGCCCUCCUCGGUCGCAAUGGCAGGGGGCAGCAGCAAUGUCGCCAAGGAUGGAGGAGCGGGAGGCUCCUUACAAGAGGCCGAAUGGUACUGGGGUGACAUAUCCAGGGAGGAGGUGAAUGAUAAGCUCAGAGACAUGCCUGAUGGGACUUUCCUGGGGCAGGAAUGCACUGCCUGUCUCUUUAAGCCUUUGUUUGUUUUUCUGUUAUUCAGGAAAGGGGGCAAUAACAAGCUGAUAAAGAUCUACCACAGAGAUGGGAAGUACGGCUUCUCUGACCCCCUGACUUUCAGCUCAGUGGUGGAGCUCAUCAGCCAUUACAGACAUGAGUCACUGGCUCAAUACAACACCAAGCUGGAUGUCAAGCUCAUGUACCCCAUCUCCCGCUUCCAGCAGGACCAGCUGGUGAAGGAGGACAACAUCGAUGCAGUGGGGAAGAAGUUGCAGGAAUACCACAAUCAGUACCAGGAGAAAAGCAAAGAAUAUGACAGACUAUAUGAAGAGUACACCAAGACAUCACAGGAGAUCCAGAUGAAGCGAACAGCUAUUGAAGCCUUCAAUGAAACCAUCAAGAUUUUCGAGGAGCAAUGCCACACGCAGGAGCGCUACAGCAAGGACUACAUUGAGCGUUUUAGGCGUGAGAGCAAUGAUAAAGAGAUUGAGCGCAUCAUGAUGAACUAUGAAAAGCUUAAAUCUCGCCUCGGAGAGAUCCACGACAGCAAGGUGCGGCUGGAGCAGGACCUAAAGACGCAAGCCAUGGACAACCGGGAGACAGACAAAAAGAUGAACAGCCUAAAGCCUGAUCUCAUACAGCUCCGCAAAAUCAGGGAUCAGUAUCUAGUCUGGCUCAAUCAUAAAGGAGUUCGUCAGAAACGAAUUAAUGAUUGGCUGGGAAUCAAGAACGAGAACACAGACGAAGGUUACUUUGUGAGUGAGGAAGAUGAGAACUUGCCUCACUAUGAUGAGAAGAACUGGUUUGUGGGGGAUCUGAACAGGACACAGGCAGAGGAGCUGCUCCUGGGGAAGCCAGAUGGAGCUUUUCUUAUCCGAGAAAGCAGCAAAAAAGGGUGCUAUGCCUGCUCUGUAGUUGUGGAAGGGGAGGUGAAGCACUGUGUCAUCUACAGUACACCCCGCGGCUUUGGCUUUGCUGAGCCAUACAACCUCUACAGCAGCCUGAAGGACCUGGUGCUCCACUACCACCAGACUUCCCUGGUGCAGCACAAUGACUCACUCAAUGUGCGCCUUGCCUACCCUGUCUACGCACAGAUGCCCUCUGGACGAAGAUGAACCCCAACCAACGAUGCUAAACAACUACCCCCAGAAGGACAACACAUUUUACCGUCUUCAGGAUAAAGGAGAAAAGGGAGUGUUAUGAAGCUUAAUGGGUGGUGGUGGUAUUGGUUGAAUUACAAAACAACCCUGUGUCCAGACCUGAUGAACAUCGAUACAAUUUUAACAUUUGCUGCAACACACACAUCAGCCACCUUGGAGUUAUAUAUUUUUACAAGAACAAUUUUGGAGGGCAUUCUUUCUAAAGACUGCUUGAUUUGCACAAGGAAGUUUUAAAUGUUUGUGAAUGUGAAAACAAAAGUGACCGAAGGAAGGAAAUGGAGUAGGAGACGUCAGAGUUUCAGGUUGAUCCCGCUGCUACCUAAACUCCAGCUCAGACUUUAUACCAGAAACUCUAAAGUACAAGAAUGACAACAAAACAUUCCCAUCAGACUUUUUCUGUGUUCCCAUCAUUUUUUCCUCCCUUUUCUUUUCAUCAGAUGGUGUAACUUUGAAAUAUAUUUUUGGAGAUUUUUUUUUUUUAAGAGGUUUCCUUUUUGUUUUCACUUACUUUGAAAUGAUGUCAAGUGUCUGUUCUCUGUCCCUCUCCAUACAAAAAGAUAAAACGAUGUAGCAUAAAAGACAAAGCACUAGGUGUUAUAGAGAGAGUAGACUGCUGCUGCUGAGGGAUCUGGGGGGAGGGAGGUGCACAAGUGACACAGAAGUUUUUUGUUUUGUUUUAUUUUUUGUCUCAAAGACUGAAGCCUUGCUUGUAUGAACUAAUUAUUUUGUUUUUAUUGUUGUUUUUUUUAACAUUGCUUUUUAUUAUAGUCCUGUGAAAAAGUAUUUAUACCACCCUUUUUUGGGGGGGGCAACAUGUCACACGUCACACUUAAAUGUUUCAGAUUAUCAAACAAAUAUUACUAAAUAUCCAAGUAA